UUUACCCCGGCUUUCGCGUUGCAGCCGGCGUCGCGUCUCUUGCCCUUUGCUUGCUCGGAGCUCAAAUCGCCGCGGAUUCCUUGGCCUCCAAGCAGCGGCCUCACCCCGGCUCGCGCGCGGCCUAGGCAUCCCGGAUCCUCCUCCGCGGCGACCGAUGGCUGCUCUGCUAGCGCCCGCCAUCUCCGGCGAGGUGGGUUUACGGCUUUUACUGGCCCCAUUAAGCUCUAAUGUUGUCGUCCGCACAGCCAGUUGUGCAGUGGGCAUUGGUCUACCUGUAUAUUCUACUUACAGGGCCAUAGAAAAGAAAGAUCAAGAUGAGAAAGAGCGUUUGCUCCUUUAUUGGGCAGCAUAUGGAUCUUUCAGCAUGGUGGAAGUUUUUGCUGAUAAGCUUAUUUCAAGUGUUCCUCUUUAUUACCAUGUGAAAUUCGCUAUCCUUGUGUGGCUCCAGUUCCCUUCAAAUGGUGGAUCAAAGCAUGUGUACAGAAGAUACCUGCGGCCGUUUUUCCUGAAGCAUCAAGCAAAAAUUGAUAGAAUUCUGAAUAUUAUGUCCAAAGAACUUACGAAGUUUGUGAGCAACCAUGAAGACGAAAUCCGUUUCGUAGAGAACUUGGCUAUCAGAGGUGCUACAACAGCAAGUUAUAUAGUAAAUGGUGUCGACCAACCUGGACAACCAGAAGAAGUUAACACAGCCGAAGGCCCGAAUUCAACUGCUACGGAAGAAGCCGACACACCGAGAGGCGAAACUCGAGCUUGACUGUUUGUCUCUGCCAAAUGUAUCUUGUGCAGCAAGUACCAUCUUGUUGGAUAUGCUGCAGAAAUGAACCUUUAGGUCAUCCAGCUCGUCAGUUGAAUGUGAAUAUGUUAUCUCUUGAAAAAUCAGCUUGAACUAUGUUUCAAGCUUUAGGAGGGGUACUGCACACUUUGUACACUACGGUGCCACAAAAAAUUGAGCACCAGUUUGUGAGAGACCAUAUGAAAUUGACUGGAGUAUGAAAAUGUAGUUUCACAACUUGGGUUGUCGAUUUCAUUUCAUUUGUAGGUUUUGAUUCGUAUCUAAGUAACAAGUCUCCAGAAGAUGGAAUCAUGAAUACAACCGAUGUUUGUGGAGUAA